AUGCUAAACAAACCGUGCCCCAGUUCCGUUCCCGUUUACACCGCUACUACUUCAGAGUCUGUACCGUUCCUGUUCCUGUUCCUGACUCCGCGUCCCCUGUCCUUGUCUGUGGUUGUCAAAUUUUCGUCAAACUCCAAUAUUGUGGGAAAUUCUUUUCUUCAAAAUCCAGGAACCACGAACAAAGCCCACUUUGACUGGGAUGAGGGGAUCUUGCGUCCAAAAUCCGGGUCCGUUCUUCCUCUGCAAGGUCAGAACCCGCCCCAGAACUCUGUCGGAAAUUCAGGAACAUGUGGCAAAUUUUCUAGAAGUUCCAUCGAAAUUGGAGUUAAGAUUUCUCUCCGUAUUUUUCCUUGCCUCUCCGGUACCCAGCAGCCUGUCACCAACCAACACAUGGAAAUCCACGAGGCUGGGGUUUCGGGGAACCAGUUGGUUCUGUCACACGAACUCUCUCUCUCCCAUUCUCACCUGAGCAGAUUUUCCCCCACAAAAAACGGUUGUGGGAAUAGCAUCGUCAUUCCGGGCCCCACGAAAUGCACGUCGUCGAUCUUUCUUCUGCCAGUCAGCAGACCCAGAGUAUGGAGUACCUUGCUCUGCGCUAUUGUUGGAACACACAACACACCGGACGGGGUACCGACUGCCGGAACCCGGUCAGGGUAUCAUCGCCUCGUACAAUGGAAGAAGAAACAUCAAGAAAUCGAGAGAAAUUGGUCAUCAAGGAAAUACGGUGAAAUGAGAAUUUCGGAACUCCCAGAACGCCGUGCCUCACCGUCCCCAUCCCGUUUCUCCGUCCUGGCAUCCAUCGUGCAGAUGCAGCGUCGCAUCGAACGUGUCCCCGUGACGGGUUCCAGAGGACCGGUACCAACCAGAAGGAAAAGUUGGAGACAGUGUACACUACCCGUACACGAACGAGCUGCAGCAUCCCGUCUUUCGGUGAAUACUGUGCCUUGCUUUACUUCCCACGAACGCGUCGUCACUUAUGCCGUUCAAGAAAUCACAUCCUCCGUGAUCACUGAUGGGUGCCCGACUGCCCGUAGUACCAUAGUCCGGCGUACGCACGCAGCGGCAGGAUCGUGUACUCGUCGCAAAAGAGGGCUAAACACUAAAGUGCUUGCGCCCACUAGUUCGCGUGGAAAACCAAUACCCAUUUGCCCUGUUCCAGCUCUCUCAAUCAAGUUUCGCUCAGGAACCGAGGCACCGGGAGAGGCUUCCCUUCGGCCCAGGAACAAAGAGUCCGUGUGCUCGCGGGCGCUUACACGCUGCAAGCCCCGAUCCAGGCAAUAUUUCACGAUCAUCGAGGACAAGAUGGACUUCUUUUUCUUCCCCCCCAAUCUAGCAGAAACUUGCCUAGUUGGGCCAAACAAAACUUGGAGAGCUCCUCCUCGUCUUCGGCCGAGAACCUCCGUAUCUCAGGAGUUUGGGCCAAGGUUUAAUUCCCCAGGUAGCUCUUUGCAGCUUUGCUUCUUCCUCCACGACGGCAGGAUCUCGCGACGUCGGAAAGCUGUCACUGCGACGGUAGAAACAUCCUCUCAUACAGAAGAUCCUUGUUUUGCAUCCUUGCAUCGCGUAACCAGGAGGUCCAAUGCAGAAAACACAGAAACCCAUCAUCUGAUCAAAAUGAUUCCAUCAGAAAACCCUGUUUUGGCGCCGGGCUUGGAGACUUGGAGACUUUGGGAGGUUAACUCGGCACUUCGGUUGACUUACUUGGGGCCAUACGCCAUUGACUCCUUCGCUCCGUAUUUCUGUCAUAUGGUCACGAUCUUCUCCUCUGCUCUCCACCCGCCCGACCGUGCACACGCAAUACACCGCUCAAUCGAGCUGCAGGAGCAAGAGAUGCGGAACCUUGGAUACGGGGUGGGCGUCGCAAUCGUUUGGGGAUGCCGGGAACCAGGUGCAAAUCACCCCCUCAUGACGGGCAGGCAGAUUGACGAGGCGUGUCACGAUCGAACUUCUCCAGAGUCUCCAGCACCACUCACUCCCACCAUAUCAGACGAGAAGCGUACGGUAGGUGAUACUCGGCGCGAGCAACCGAUUUCCACGAUGAUCGGUCAGAGGCCUGUCUGUCCGUCUGUUGUCUAUGGUUUCAACCGGCGACCUCCGCGAUCGAAAGGAGACUGUUCAGCUGAUUCCGUUCCAGGCGAUGAGUAUCAAAAAAUGAGAAGAGAGUGGCACAGAUGGUUCGAGUGGCUGAAGCGCUUCAUGCGACUGAUGUCUCUCUGCCCGGAGACAUGGAGCCUUUCUUCGAGCGGCAUCAAGGUCCUGGAGCUCUCCCCGGUCAAAACGGAUGAUCCAAAAUACCCAGAUAGUUGGACGCCUCGCCGCCCGCCAUUUGCUGCAUGUUCCAUCAUCUUCGAAACCUGCAGGAAUGCCGCCGCUGUCGGACAAUUACCGCAAAGGAAAAGCCUGGCAUCAAUAUUUCCUUGGGGGCGGGGUCUGAAGCGAGGUCAGAGACAACACGAUAGUGUUGAUUUACUUGAUAAUGUUGCCACGGUUCACGGCAUAUGCAGGCAGACGAAUUCCACCAUGAAUUGGGGUUACUGCGGCUGGCGCGUCGUACCCAUCCACCUCCAGUGGCAGUCUUGUUGCGAUGGUGACAUUAUCGCCCGACUUGAGGUAACUGAUAAGAUCCUGGCGCCAUCAAUGAUCGCCCGCAACCCCGUCCUUUGCCUGUUGCGUGCCAGACUGUGGUCUCGGGCGGCUGCUUCAUCGACCGACCCCAAGUAUACUCGGUGCCCCGCGGGCGUUUUCUCUGAGGCGAUUGACGUGUCUCUUAAAACUCUCUUACUCGGCAGCCUCGGCAUCGUCCUUCUUGUCAAGAGAGGACCACAGCUCAUUGCCUCCAGCCUUCGAUUCGUUGUUGACACGAGGUGUGCGACGCAAGCCCCCAAAAGCGUCCACCGUUCUCCCCCCCCUCCGCCGAGAAUGAUGACAAAGUGGCCCCCAAAAGAGCUCGGGAAGCACAGAGGCGUCCGCUCUGUUGGCUCAGUUCACCGUAUUUCCCACGUGGUGCUUGGCAAGGGGCCGGCCGACGGGCAACAACCCACCCCUGACGAUCACACCACACCUUGGACACCUUCGAACAGGGAUCUCUUCGAGCGAGCGAGCGAGCCGCUGGCUGCUGCUGAUGUGUACUGCGUACGCCCGGACCUCCCCCAAGCUCAGGUCUUCUUGCUCAUCAGGCUUUCAGCAGAGACGGGGUGCGAAUUACAGAUAGUUCGCGAGCCAAGAACGCACAGUCGAAGCCUGAUUGAUGUUGGCUCGACACAGCCCAUCGCUGGUCAGCUGAACUCCGCCGGUCUUGCUGUUGGUACAAGGGGAAAAUUGGCGACGGAUUCUGAGAAGGCCUCAGUUGUAUUACUCUAUUCCAAUUUAUCGUCGCCCGCAGCAAGGGACAACGUCGCGGGGCACUUACAAGUCACGGACAACGUGCCAUACUUACCAGAAGAGGUCUUUAACAAACGGAGGUUUGCCUUUUCCCCUACCCCAUACGAUGCCGCCGUAGUCGCCGUCAUGGUGACCCACCUCCGCGACCCGCCGCGAACCCCCCGCUGCCCAGAAAGUCCGUCGGCCGAGCAUGUCAAAAAGAGGGUGCCUCUGAGACGCGCAAACCCAGAACUCGGUUUGCGUCAAAAUGCCCGCACGUCCCGCUCAAACGGUAGAGAAGGCAGACGCUUUACGGACUCUGUGGACAGUUUCGUCCGGUCCCUCGACAAGGGCCAUCGACGUUGGUUCACUGUUUCCUCGGCUUCGUUUUCUGCUACGCCCAUGGCCCGAAAGACCGGGUGUUGUGCCAUCACCGCUCCAACGAUCGUCCACACCCUCAUUCUACCGUCGACCCAUGGCAGUGCGUGGUCAUGUGUACUCAAGGCUGGGGGGUUGCAUUUUUGA